ACUUCAACAACAAAUUAAGCAUCAAACAAAAACAAAAUCACUACUAGCUCAUUUGAUUUUUAUUGAAACUGAAGAUGGUUGGAGUAGGAGUUCCAAUAUGCGUGCAGUGUGGCACAAGAAGCAACCCUUGCCGGUGUAAGGUGGUGGGACCAACGCUCGGGUUUGUGGCGUUUGUCGCGGCAGCGGUGGUGGAGUGGCCGGUUGGGGCCCUUGUUUAUAUCUUUAAGCAUAAGAAGGGUCGCAGAAUCAUGGGUCAUCCUGCCACUGUUGUAUACCCAAAAGUCAACAGAGCCAUCCCCAUAUGAUUAACUUCAUUCUAUAAAUUAGUUGUAUUUAUUUUGUCUUUUAACCCAAUUUCCCAUUUCAUGUUAUAAAAUGUAUCCCUCAAAAAAAAAAAAAAAAUUAUAAAAUGUACUACUCCAUAUAGUUCCGAUGCACGAGUAUCAUAAUGUGGGUACAUAUGUAUUUUGUUUAGUUUGCUGUUUUAGAUGCAUGAUAAACUAAGUAAUCAAACUAGAACUUUUUUUUGCUUCGUGUUAUUUGAUAUUUGUAUUGCAAGUUAUGAAUGGACUUUGUUGUUUGCCUA